AUGGCGCACCAGAUGCGUUGUGGUACCCAGCUGUUCAGUGGUGUGAAGAAGCCGCCUGUGGCCCCCAAACCCAAGGUUAUCCAGCUGCAGAAGCCAGUACCGCCUCCGAUCGCCCCGAAACCAGACAUCGUCCUCUCACACUCCUCUCCAGCAGUAACAAAGAAGGCGAAACCCGCAGUUGCACCUAAGCCAUGCCUUCCCAAAAGCACCGUUUCUCCAGAAUCGAGACCUCUUACCCUAAAAGGCAUAGUUCUAAGUUGCGCACAAGAGAGCACGGACACUCCGGAGAACCUGGGCCUUCUGAACUCGAAAAAUGGGAUGAAGACUCAGCUCAGCAAUUCGGACUCGGAUUACAUAAUUCGGACUUGCUCCUGCGGCCAGGAUGGCUGUGUACAAUGUGAACGCGUGGGGAACUGCAAGUCAGCUGGAACGGCGAUAGACCAACUGGAAAAGCAGUGGGAAACGUGCCAGAAUGGUGGGAUGGAAGGGUACAUCACACAGUCAUCCCCCGUUCCCAGGAUUCAGAAUAAACCCGAGAGUGGCCAAGAGAAAGCAGGGAACAAGAGCCAGGUGCUCAAUGCCAGUUUUUUAGAGCAGAAAAUAAAGGAUGUUUGGGUCCAGGCAGUAUCCCCCAAUACCUACCAUCUUAAGCAUAAACCUCAGGGAAAGCCCAUAGUGCCAGGUAAGGCUGGGAUACCGGACCAGAACCUUAACGUCACUGUAGAACCCAAUGGAAAACACACGUUCCCUGAAAAAUCUCGGAGUGAUGAAACUAAUUGCAACGUCGAGCCUUCCAUGGAUAAAGUCGAAGACUUAUCCGGAGACGUAGAGAAUUCAUCGGAGAGGGAUGCUGAUUCUGAGCAGACGCAUCAUAGACUCUCGGUUCCAGCGGCUCCUCAGAAGCCUCUGCCGACCCCCAUGCCGCGAAAGCCGAGAAAAUCGGCAUUGCUUAGGCAGGCUGGUGUUGAUAGAAGCUGCCAGGAGAUCAAGGAGCCAAAUGAAAUGGUUCAAGCAGUGGCUAAUGAAAAGUCAGCCCCCUGUGACGGUCCGUGCUUUUCUUCCAAAGUUCUGGUUCACACGCAGUGCGUCUCCUACUCCAAGAACUCGGGUGAUGAUCACGAACAUUCUUCACCUUCUCUAGAAUCUGCCGUGUUAGAGGAUUUGAAGCGACCAGUACCUCCUCCACGUAGGGCAUCACUUACACCUGAACUCGACAGGGCGUCGGACUACUUUCUGGAUCGGAACCACAUCCAGGAUGAGGGUGGUGAUCAUCACUGGGGGGAUGGUUUUAUGGAUGACGUUGGGGACUGCGGUGACUUUCCUCCAUAUCCCAUAACGAGGAGCCUCCCCAAGAAGCUCAAGUUAAGCUGCAAUCUGCCUCCCUCUGUGGUGGCAAAGGUCUCCUUGGUGGAGGACGAGAGGUCACCAAAAGUUGCCCCGAAAAAGCCACAGAGACACAGCCUGCCAGCUUCUGUGUCGCUGAAGAAAGAGUUGUCAGGCGAGGCGGAGGAGAGCGGCACAAACUACGAAGAUAGGAUAUACGAGGAAGCUCCUGGGGAGGAGGAGGAGUCUGAUGACACACCAAAAACGGGUGAGGGGGAGAUGAGAGAGCUUCCGGCACCCCCUACUGAAAAAACGAUGUGGAGGUUUCCCCGGCACAUGGUCCCAUUCUUCAUAAAACAAGCACCUCGGAGUUCAAGCACGGAGCCACAGCGCAAAGCACUUGCCUUCCGCUUGGGGAAGCAGAGGGCCAAGUCCUUCUCUUCGGCAGAUCUCGACCGAUCUGACGGACAAAAGAGGAGCUCUUUCAGGAAAAUCCUGGAACUAAAGCUCUCGGUGAAGAUGCUUCCCAAGCUGCUGGCGAAGGGGAGCCAUUCUCUAGACUGUACUUCUACUGAGACGGAGCAGUCAAUGGAUGAGGUCUGUAACGGGGCCCCUCAGGACCAGGACAGGACCCGGCCCAGGGAACGCAAGCUGUCGUGCCCGCAGAUCGCCUCUGAGCCUGAUGGGCACCAGGAUGAAUCCCACUCAGGGGCGGAGUAUGAGAAUCUGCCAUUCUAUGAGGAGAUACCCGAGUAUAUGAACCUGCCAUUUCUGAGUGCGGCGGGGGCUCUUAGCGGCUCGCAGGCCUGCUUCACGUGGCAGAACUCAUCCAGCUUGGAGGGCGACGAUGAGGACGGGGACAUUUAUGAGAUCCAGGAGCCAUACGAGCCUCGAGAGAAGUUUGCCGCUUGCAAGAGGGCAUCUCUGGAGGAGGACGAUGGGCGCUCCGAGGAAGAGGAAGUCCCCGGCAGCUCGGACGAGGACGACGACGACAGCUCCGCCUCCAGCAAAGGGGAAGCAGAGUCACCCGGUGAUCAGCAGAAUAAAAUUGGAGCCAGGAAGACGAAGGUGGCCUUCAUCGCCAAGGAGAUCAUGAGCUCCGAGAAAGUGUUUGUGGACGUGCUGAAACUGCUUCAUAUUGACUUCAGAGACGCCGUGGCCAAGGCGUCCCGGCAGAGCAGCAAGCCAGUUAUCGAGGAACGGAUCCUCAACCAGAUCCUCUACUACCUUCCCCAGUUGUAUGAGCUCAACCGGGACCUACUGAGAGAGCUGGAGGAGAGGGUGGCCAACUGGAAUGACCAGCAGCAACUGGCUGACAUCUUUGUGAAGAAGGGGCCCUAUCUGAAGAUGUACUCCACCUACAUCCGUGAGUUUGACAAGAACGUGGCGCUCCUGGACGAGCAGUGCCGGAAGAACCCGGGGUUUGCCGCCGUGGUGCGCGAGUUUGAGAUGAGCCCCCGGUGUGCCAGCCUGGCUCUGAAGCACUACCUGUUGAAACCUGUACAGAGGAUUCCUCAGUACCAGCUGCUGCUAACAGAUUAUUUGAAGAACCUCCCUGAGGAUUCAUUGGAUUACAAAGACACUAAAGCUGCGCUGGGAAUAGUGAAGGAGGUGGCUAACCAUGCCAACGACAUCAUGAAACAGGGGGACAACUUCCAGAAGCUGAUGCAGGUCCAGUACAAUCUGAACGGUCAUCACGAGAUUGUUCAGCCGGGGCGGGUGUUCCUGAAAGAGGGCACCUUGAUGAAGCUCUCUCGCAAGGUGAUGCAGCCCCGCAUGUUUUUCUGGUGAGAUCUCUUCAAUGAUACCCUUCUGUACACCACACCUGUCCAGUCUGGCCAGUAUAAACUGAACUGCAUGCUCUCCUUGGCAGGGAUGAAGGUGAGCAAGCCCAGCCAGGAGGCCUACCAGAACGAGCUGAACAUCGAGAGCGUGGAGCGCUCCUUCAUCCUGUCAGCCAGCUCAGCCACGGAGCGGGACGAGUGGCUGGAGGCCAUCUCCAAAGCCAUCAACGACCACACGAGGAAGAAGAUCACCUUCAUCUCCAGCAAGAGUCUGGAGGAGGCUGACGGGGCCGGCCUGGACACUGGAGCCCCACUGGGGUCCAAGGCACCCAUAUGGAUCCCUGACCUGCGCGCCACCAUGUGCAUGAUCUGCACCUGCGAGUUCACGCUCACAUGGAGGAGACACCACUGCCGUGCCUGCGGCAAGGUGGUCUGCCAAACGUGCUCCUCCAACAAGCACUAUCUGGAGUACCUGAAGAACCGGCCAGCCAGAGUGUGUGACCACUGCUUUGCCAAGUUGCAGAAGAAAAGUGACCUGGCCACCCCCACCGCGGUCUCCCCCAGCGGGAGGUCCUCCUCGGGUGGCUUCUCCUCAGUCCUAAACAGCAUCCCCUCCCGGAAGCAAAAGAAGAUUCCAGCAGCCCUCAAAGAGGUGUCCGCAAACACUGAGAACUCCUCGAUGAGCGGUUACCUGCUGAGGUCAAAGGUCAACAAGAAGCAGGGGAAGCGACUGUGGUUUGUCAUCAAGAACAAAGUGCUGUACACGUACGCGGCCAGCGAGGAUGUGGCGGCCCUAGAGAGCCAGCCCCUGCUUGGCUUCUUCUUACGGGAGGAGCGUGCGGAACCCGCCCAGAAGCUGCAGUUCAAACUCUACCACAAGAACACGCUCUACUACAUCUUCAAGGCAGAUGACCCACACACGGCCCAGAGAUGGAUAGAGGCGUUCCAGGAAGCCAUGAUCCUUUAGCAGUCCGGUUCCUCUCCUGCCGAACCAAGCGAACUGUGCAGAUGGAACGUCUAAGGUCUGUCUUGCGGUAGCCGUCCUGCCGCUGGUAUGGAUGAUCCCUCUGCCCUGACCACACCCCCUGGAGGCGGGCAUGGCGAUGGGUUACGAACAGCUUCACAGUAUCUCCGAGGCACUGAACAGAGGCUCCAUCUUUUGGGAAAAUCGCUAAUACUUUGAGUUGAGAAAUAGGGUGUGGUGACCGAUGUCACUCAUGAACAUGAACACUUUGCGGUAGACAAGUCCUGUCCGCUAGAUGAUCUUAAUGAUGAUCCUACUGGUGCUAUAGUUUUAUAUGUGUACGUAACUACUUGUGUAAGAAGGUAAGCCCUGUUGCAGGUCCUUACUCUAAGUGGAUCCAGAGCUCCAAGCCAGUUUGGGAGAGGUGAUGAGAGGGAAGGACUGUUAAAAGAGGGGUAAAGACAUAGCAUAUCCUAGUGUGGGUCAAGGGUCAAAGGUCAUGUUCAAAAAGGGUGUACGCGGAAGUGUUGUGGAGUCCAUGAUGGGGGACAGUUGUUCUUCGUCUGGUAAACCUUGUUUUGUGGAGCACUGAUGAGUUCAGAUCAGCAGCAAAUGACUGUCCUGUUCCAAAUACUCCCCUCCACCCCUCCCCCAAAAAAAAAUGUUUUUAACUCUCCUUUUAACUAUCCAUUGCAGUCCCAUUGUAAAUGGAGAAUUAAGCCAGACUUUAAUGAUGUGUAAUCAGGAUGUACUGGGGAGAAAAACUGGAAAUGGUUCACUGUGUAUUUGUGUGUAUAGCCAAUGUGUAAUAUAAACAAAUAUAUUUAAAAUAUUUUAGUCAAUUUUAAAUAGACUCUCAUAACAGGUAAAGGGGCUUGAUAAAGCAAACACUGUUUACCUAGUGAUUUUACAGAAAUCUCUGAGCACGGUUUGGUGGGUUUCUAUGCACUAACAGAUAAAACACUGCUGACACUGAAUUCACUGUGCCUUUGUGUGUUAUAAACAUCACAGCAGUGUUAAAAAGAAUCUGGUGGGCCAGGGGGGUUUCAUUCUUACUGACCACCCUCUCCCCCAUUGCCACCCCAGAGGUCUGGUGUACCAGAGAGGGGGUCCUGUUGUCCCCAGGACAGAAGACCUAAUGAUGCACGGUUGUAUAUAAAAAGGUUUAUAUACAGAACUAAGGUUUACUACAUGGAAUGCCAGUUCAGGCUAUGAUCAUAAUCCCUGUAUUGCAGCAUGAAAAACCCUGUUAUGGCUGACAUGUUUAAAAGCCCCUAAUUGGUGAACCAUCUGCCAUGUUCCUGGUCUUCAUAUUAGUUAUUUUUGCGAUGAUUUCUUACGUGUGUGUGUACGAGGGGCAUUCGGCUUUCAGCGAGGACGUAGGCUUUAGCUGCUGAGUUUCACUGGGCAAAAAAGUAGGAAACUGGUGAACAAAACCUCCGUUUGGUCUCUCACUAGUCAUCCUGAAGAGACCAGACAAACCCUUAGCUAUUCCACAGGGUAGCUGAUCAAGGCUGUGACAAGAAAAACAACCUGUUUUACCGUCCUUGCUAGUCUGUAGGAGUUAAUUUUCCGUAUAAUUGCAGAUGAGACUUUUUUUUUUUUUUUUGAAGAUUAAGUGUAUAAAUGCUAGACUUUUGGAUACAUUUUAAUGUGUUUCUGGCAUGUUCCUUCAGUCUGCUUGUAGCGAUGCUUUAAUGUCAUCGCAGAAUGUAGGCGACAGCCGCCAUUAAAGCCUUAGGGGAGCACUGUAAAGGGCAGCGUUCGGGAAAAUGUAAUAAAUCACAUUCUGCAGUGUGACAGAAAGGUGCAAACUGCUCUGAUUCUGUGAAAGUGCCUUUUUCCCCGUUUCUUCUCAAAGCCAGAAAUUGGGAGAGACUACAUCAUGAUUUAGGGUUGUGGCGUACGUCAGAACAGAAAAACUAAAAUAUUUUAAUGUAGAUUUUAAAUCUCGCUUCCCUCAUUUUUACAGCAGCGUUUAAUCACAGAUCGUGUUACCAAACUAGCAUUUAAACCUUUUGUGAAGCGUUUUUUUGCAUAAUGGUAUGUUCUGCUAAUGGUAUGUUCAACUUUGACUGCCUCCAGUAAUAUAGUAUACUGUAAGUACCAAUUGUAAGUAUUUAUAUAGAUUUGAUAAGUUUACAUUUAUGUGUUACUGGUGGGUCACCAUAGGCUGCACUACAAUGCUGUACAAAGGGGAUUAUGGGGAAAAUGGGUUUAUUAUUAAAAGGGAACAAGAAAAAAAAUACAAGCGGUGUAUGUCCGUGUCCUGUCUCCACAAAGUUGAUUAAUAAAAUGCCCAUUUUGAAUAAA